AUGCCCUCUCUACGAUUCGAUGAUGCCUGGCAGACAAGUGCCGAUGGCCAUUAUAAAUGCCGCCUUUGUACAAAGGAGUUCCCGAAUUGGGUAACCCAUAGCAAGGCUCUCGCCCAUGACGAUAGCGAGCUGCAUACUAUCCGCGCUCGCGAACUAGAUCGCCCUCCUCCUCUAAGCAUCAAUCCGACCCGGCGCGAGACGAGCUCGCUUCCUUCGGCUUCCGCUUAUCAACCUCCCGCGGGUGCCUCUACAUCGGACCGUUCGAACUUCCCCGACUUUCAGGUCGACCCAUACGUCGCGAUACCGGGUCCUCGUUGCGCUUCCGAUCCCGUUGACCAGAUCUAUGAUGACUACAACGGUACAUGGGCUGGAUCGAGUGGCUGCGAGCAACCGCCUGAAGACGGUGUCGUAGAGCAUGGUGAACGUGACGCCGUUCAAGUUUCGGAUGAGGUACACGCUCGGAGGAACACCGUUAUAGAUCCCCCGUCAUUGGAUGGCCCCGCGGGUGCCGUUCCAUUUGAGGAUGCGUCGAAUGAUUUCAGUCGGGGUGUAUUCCCCAAUUUCGCUGGCCGUGCGGCCGCAGAAGAGCAUGCCGUUCCUUGCAAGCCUCGUUUUGACGUAGACGAUGCAGAACUAUAUUUCCGCGAGGUUGCCUCCCAUUUCGUCGCAAAUCCCCUCCUGUCGUAUGCGGGGAGAUACAUUCUCAUGCGGAUCGAGAGCUAUCUACGUGUGCAGGGUGGCGAGAUCAAUCUCGCCGAGUACGCUACGUCUGAGGCCGCUCAGGCCGCUGUUGGGAGCUAUCUCCGUGACCAGAUCCGGAACUCGAAGAGCUCCUACCGCAAGCGUACGUUCAGAUCGGUCGGUGGUGUUGCCAACGUUCCCGCGAUUUCCCUCCCGGAGUACACAAUCCAGACUAUUGACGCUUUGCAUGUCGGCGACAGAGAGGCUGCUAAGUACUGCGAGGUCGUACAGGGACAGUUUGCGUACACUCGCAUCGUUGCUCACCGUCUCAUUCUGGAUCCCGCCCCUCAAGCUGCGAAUGGCGAUACUGCCUUCUGGAGGAUCAUCUGUCGCGAUCUCAAGCAGAACGAGGAACAAUGGGGCCCGGAUCGCAACAGUCCUUCCUGGCGCGCCUGGUCGCGCGAGUACAUCUUGCAGGAUAUGACACUUUGGCCCGCCCCGCUCCAUCUCCACGGCUAUCUCGCCGCCACCUUCUCCGACCUGGAUGUUGCGCCGCCUACUGGAGGUACUCCCAUACAGCCGGUCGACACUUUGGCGCUGCCACCUCCGGCUGCGGCUCAGGGUCUCUUCGUAGAGGAUGCUACUGCUGCAGAGCACGAUGGCGAGGUGGCUUAA